GGCGGCAGCUCUGACAGCGUUGGAGUUGCGGAGCGCAGUCGGUACGGCUGCCUGCGCCCGCUGUGGCAACAAGCCGAAGCGAUCGGAAGGAACCCCUAUGAGUCGGCUCCGGACUGGGGCACAGUCGGGGCACGCGGACCCCGGCGACGUGUGAUCCUCAUCUGCCGGCUCUGCUUCGGCGUUCGUAAGUGUCCGCGGGGCUGCUCAGAGCCGCUCCACCUGGCCACGAUGAAGGCGGUCCAGGUCUCAUCUCCGCUGGAAGCAGCGAGUUGGAGGGCUCUGUUGACUGUAGCGAGCGGGCGAAGCCGAGCUGUCGCUAUCACCUUGCAGUGCCUGUAGGGCUCAGAGUUCUUGUUUCUUAACUGGGACAGUUCAUGCCCUCUCUCCUGACACCAAAGUGAAAGAAAGGGCUGUUAUCUGUAGAGGAAGCCACCCGUUCUUUCAGUCAUGAAGGCAGAAUCAGUGACCCCUACCCAGGAAAAUACCCCUGUGUCCAGCUGUAUCUUCAGUCAUCUGUGGAGUAGCCGGAAGCUGAUGGUUCUGGGGGUCUUGCUUGGCUGGCUCCUGGUCAUCCACCUCCUGGUCAACGUAUGGCUUCUGUGCUUUCUGUCUGCACUGUUGGUGGUGCUGGGAGCAUGGCUGGGCUCCAGUGCCAUUGUAGGGACUUCAGGUCAGUUGCAUCUGGAACGCUUCAUCACAGUCGCCACCUGUCCUCCGUGUCCCGAUGCAGAAAGACAGCUGGAACAGGAGAUCAACCGUACCAUCCAGAUGAUUAUUCGAGAUUUUGUGUUAUCCUGGUAUCGUUCAGUGAGCCAGGAGCCAGCCUUCCAGGAAGAGAUGGAGGCAGCCAUGAAAGGGUUGGUUCAGGAGCUUCAGAGGAGGCUGAGCAUAGUGGACAGACAUGCUCUUGCCCAGAAGGUUCUGACUCUCUGUGGUUGUCACCUGCAGAGCUACAUUCAGGCAAAGGAGGCCACUGCAGGGAAACAGAGCUGUCCAGUUCAGCCCUCCCAGCUAUGGGAUGCUUACUGUAAGACUACUACUCCCCAUCCUGCAGUGCACAGCCCAAGUGCUGAGGUCACCUAUACACGUGGUGUUGUGAAUUUGUUACUUCAAGAGCUAGUACCCAAGCCCCACUUAGAGACUAGGACUGGCCGCCAUGUAGUAGUUGAACUCAUUACUUGCAAUGUAAUCUUACCACUAAUUAACAAGCUGUCUGAUCCUGACUGGAUCCACCUUGUACUUGUGAGUAUCUUUUCCAAGACCAGAAAUGAUGCAGCACAAGGGACUAAACCACUCUGCUCUGCCAGUGUUGUGGAGCAGCCCUCGGUGCCCACAUCUCUGCCACUGACUGCUGAAGUAGAGAGUCAGCCAUUAGGAAAAGCAUCUUCUCCAGCAGCAGCCACAGUGCUCCUAACCUGCAGUGAGCCAGCCUUCUCCCCAGAGGUUGAAGAAGGCCACGAAGCCUUAGAGGGAGAUUUGGCUGGGGUGCUUGAAGAAAGAAAAGUUGGAAAUAAUUCAUCUCAUUUUCUACAGCGGGAUAUUCGAGGCCCCCUGUUCUUAUGUGAAGACUCGGAGCUGGAGUCUCCACUGUCUGAACUCGGCAAAGAAACCAUCAUGCUUAUGACCCCAGGCAACUUCCUGUCUGACAGGAUCCAGGAUGCCCUGUGUGCCCUUGAGGAUUCCCAGGCUCUGGAGCCUAAAGAUGGUGAGGGAUCUGAAGGCACUGAAGGAGCAGAAGCUGAGGAGGGACCAGGGACAGAAACAGAGUCAGGCCUGCUGGUCUCCAUGCUGAACUCCUGCCCAGAGAUCCAGAUUGACACAGCAGACAAAGAGGCAGAACAAGAUGUCACCUCUCUUACAGCUUUAUUGGAGGAACCAGAAAAGCCCUGUCCUCCACGACCUUCAUGCUUAGAGAAGGAUGUCACCAGUGGUGUGAGUUCCCUCGAUCCUGCUCUGCCACCAGUUCCACUUUCCUCCUCUCCGCCUGGCCCUCUCAGCUCAGCCACCUUCAGCUUCGAGCCCCUGAGCAGUCCAGAUGGCCCAGUUGUCAUCCAGAACCUUCGUAUCACUGGCACCAUUACGGCCCGAGAGCACAGUGGCACUGGAUUCCACCCAUACACACUGUACACCGUGAAGUAUGAGACAGCCCUUAAUGGUGAAAACAACAGCGGCCUGCAGCAGCUGGCCUACCACACCGUGAACCGCCGCUACCGGGAGUUCUUGAAUCUGCAGACCCGUCUGGAGGAGAAACCAGAUCUACGAAAAUUCAUCAAAAAUGUGAAGGGUCCUAAAAAGCUCUUCCCAGACCUUCCGUUUGGAAAUAUGGACAGCGACAAAGUAGAAGCUCGUAAAAGCCUCCUGGAGUCCUUCCUAAAGCAACUCUGCGCCAUUCCUGAGAUCGCUAACAGUGAGGAGGUACAGGAAUUCCUUGCUCUGAACACAGAUGCUCGCAUUGCCUUUGUCAAGAAGCCCUUCAUGGUCUCCAGAAUAGACAAGAUGGUGGUGAGUGCUAUCGUGGAUACCUUGAAGACAGCAUUUCCUCGUUCUGAACCCCAGAGCCCCACAGAGGAGCUGAGUGAAGCCGAGAAUGAAAGCAAGCCCCAGACAGAAGGCAAGAAGGCUAGCAAGUCCAGACUGAGGUUUUCAUCUAGUAAAAUUGCUCCUGCGUUGAAUGUGCCUGAGACACAAGACAGGAUCCUCUACUGUCUCCAGGAAGGCAGUGCGGAAUCGGCGAUCCUAUCCAUGUCUGGGAUGGAAUCAUUUAUUGAAAAACAGACGAAGUUACUGGAAAUGCAGCCAGCAGAAGCCCCAGCAAAAGAUCCUGUCCAAAUCCCCAAGGACCAUGUGGACGGUUGCUUGUCAGAUACAUCUGUGGUAGUCCAAGACCCAGGAACAGAGACAGAGUUAGCCGACACAGCCUUGGAUCUAGUCCUCUUGCUGUUAAUGGAACAGUGGAAAUGGCUCUGUACUGAAAACAUGCAAAAAUUUCUUCGCCUUGUUUUGGGGACUCUAGUUCAGAGGAAACGAGGCCUGACUGGAGGCCUGCCACCAAAUGGACAGAAGCAAUUAAACAGGAAAGGAGCUGGCAUUUUUUACAUCUAACUGUACAAGGCUUCUUCACAAGGCAGUGGCACUGGACUCAGCCUCACAUGAAAGAUGUGGAGUCUUAUUGCUGUCUGUUCUUUUGUUUUCCGUCAGACUGGUCAGGGUCACGUGCAUCUGACAGUCCAACAUAAAUUCAUUUCAUCAGCUUCUUCUGAUUUUAUUCUUAAGCACUCCUAAGCCAGAGAUAGUCUUCCCUGGGUUUUUCUCUUCCGUGUCCUACUUUCAAUUAGAGAAAAGUAUCAAGAUGAAGAUUCAGAGUCAGGAAACAGAUGCAAUCUGUUCCUUUGCUCCUAACUUCAUUCAUUUCUUCCAGUUCAGCCCUGGUGCCGUGAUGUAUCAUAUGCCUGAUCUCUUCCUGGACUGCUUCUCCAGAAAAAAAAUACAUACUUUUUCAGGAGUCCCAGAUCCAAACCUCAAAUAAAUCUUGAGGUUUCUUAUAUUAUUUCUACUCUAAAAGUAUUAUUGACUUGGGCUGCUUUCAGAAAUGCUGGAAUCAUCAUCAUCAUCAUCAUCAUCAUUAUCAUCAUCAUCAUCAUUUGUGGUGAUGGCUUUGUUGGAACUGUAUUGUGUCUCCUUGGGAAGAAGGAUUGCUGCAUGUCUUAUGUCUCUUCCAGUAGCCUAUGCUAAAGGAAGCUCUUGACCUUUAUGGACUGGGCCAGGAGAGGCCCCAGCAGUUUUUCCUUUGUGGUCUGCCUGGCAUUUGGGAGGUGGAUGUCACUCACUCUCAAACCAUAAUGUUAAAAGCAUCACAUGCCUUCUGUCAUGUUCUGACCAUCUCCACUUAAUGUGUCUUUAGCAUUGUAACAGGUUGUUGUAAUGGAAUACCUCUGCCUGUGAAUUAUGUGUUUGUACUUCAGUGUACUUUCCUUACUCUUAAAUUCUCAUAUCCUCAAGUAGAGGUGCUGACUAGUCAUUGUAAAUGUGAAGGGGAAAAAACCAGACUAUCAAGGCGUUUAAACCCAAAACCUUUCAUUAUUGGUAUCUGUUGCCUACCUGUAACUACACAUUGGAACCUGAGAAUUUGACAUUUUGACAACAUCUUUAAGAUUGUAUAAGACUCUUGGGAGCAAAGACUAUGUCCUAUUACAUCUUAAACACCUAGCCUGAAACAUAGGUGCUUAUUAAAUUUGUGUCAAAUGG